GCAAAAUUGAUUAUUCUAUUUAAAUAAUUCAAAUAGCAAAUAAAAAGAUAAAAUAAAGUAUUAUAAAUGAAUUAUUAAAAUAAGAACUUGUAAGCUUAAAUGCUUAAUUUUUUAAGUCAUAACAACAUGGAUAAGAGAUGUUCAAACUCGAAUACUAAUACUCCAAGAGCUUCAUUGCAAAUUUAAGGUUUAAAUAAUAAUAAAGAUUAAUCGCUAAAUUAAGCACUUUUAAGUUAACAACUUGGUAAUCAAAUUAGCUAAUAGAAAAGCAGCGAUUUAAAAAAUUAUCAUACUUCAUCGAGUUGCUUGUCAGAAAGGAGUUACUGUGCUUCUGGGAUCAAAAAUCUGUAAAAUAACUUCUAACAAAACUCUGUACAAUACUCUUAAAGGAAUAAAUCUUUUUAUAAUCCACAAUAUCUUCAAACUACUCCUAUAAGAAUGAGCGAAUUAGAUUCUCAAAAAAUUAACCAAAGACUUGCUUUUAAUUAAGAUUAAAUGAAUCAAAAUGUUUAUCCUCAAAGAACUCCUCUAGGAAAUGGAAAUAAUAUUAACAUUUAAUAACAAUAAAAUCCUCCACUUUAAUAGUAGGUAUAAAACAGAUAUUUAUCAGCUUAACUAAAUGAAAAAAAUAAACUUGCUGGUUAAUAAUAAAUAAAAGAAAAUAUAGGAAGAAUUUAAAUUCUUAAAACAGAUUAAAACAUAAUUAACAAUAGAAAAGAUCAAUAAGAAAAUGUAGAUGUUUUAAAAGAUUAUCAAAAAAACUAAACUUUAGUAGAUAAUCAAAAAUAGUAUUAACAACAGACUCUAACAUAAUCUUAGAGUUAAGAAAGAGGAAUUAAAUUAGUUAAAAACUUAUUAGAAAAGAAAGAGAUCAAAUAAUAAGAUGAAUAAGCAAACAAAAAAAUAAUAAUUAUCACUCAUUUAAAUCCUAGCACCAAAAUUAAUUAAUAAAGUGCUCAGUCUGCUGACUUUAGGUAAAAUAUCCAUUAGCAGGUUUCAUCACCAAUUUAAGCUGAAACUAAAGAAGAUAAUUUGUAAGAAGUAAGAGGAAUCAGUUUAAUGAAAUAAUAUAAUCCUGCUCUGUAAAGUAAUUCUACAAACUAAACUUAAAUAAAAGAUUAAAACGACAAGAACUCUUUAGUAAACAAUUUUAAUUCUUUUUAAAUGAGUUAAUAAAAACUUAUCAGAAGCACGAGCUUACCGUUUACUGAGAGCUAAAAUUUAUAAUUUAGAUAACCUCUUCAAAAAAUAAACUAAAUUUAAUAAGAAUAAUUGUCAGAUAGAAGGUAAUCUUUAUAAUUAAUUUAGAAUCAUCCAUAAUCUCAGUUACCUGCUUAAAUUAAUAACAAUUAAAGCUACUAAACACCAUUUUAAUCAGUCAAUGCACUAUCUCAAAAUAACUCACUAUACUCUUCUUCUACUUAGUCAUUCAGAUAUAUUUAAGGAUUAAAUGAUAGACGUCCUCACUCUACUUCUAUGAGUAAUUAAGUAGCUACUCCAAAGUCUGAAUCUUUUUUUCAAUCGAAUUUAGUUUCAUAAAAUAUGAAACAUAGUGUCAGCCAAUAACUUAGCCCAAAAUAAAAUCCUUUUUUUAAUAAAUAAAUUAAUUCUUAACUUUUGAUUUAGAAUUAGGAAAACAUUCUUCCUUAGUAUGCAAAUCAUUAAAAAGCUUAACAGAUUGUAAACUAAACAGGAUUAUAAUAAUAAGUUUCCUAAAACAAAUAAAACAUUUCUCGUAGCAGCUCAAUGUAUUCGUAAGGUGGUGUAGUUAUUAAAAAUAAUGAUAUGAGUGCAAAUACUUCACUUUGUAAGUAUGAUAAAAAGUAGUUAUAGUAAAAUUUAUUAGAUAAGGACUGUGAUGAUGAUAGAUUUUAAAUUUAACCUUCUACAAUCAUUUAGCCAGCAUAAAUGAUUAUAUAAUAAUAAUCUCUUUAGCAAUAACAACAGUAAUAUUAAUACAGAUAGAAUCAAGUAAUAGAUUAAGCUAUCGAUCAGCAUAAUAUCCACUCCUAAAAUAAUCUUAACUAUAAUAAUUAGAUGAAAAAUAGUAAUUUUAUUUCAUAGCACCCUUAAAACUAAUUUAAAAUGUUGAGAGUUGAUAAUAUUGUUUAACAAUAAUAAUUUAUGAGGAAAUUAUCUACGGAUCUUAGUCCAUUUUAAAUACAAGGUAAUAAUUAGUAUAGUCCUUCGUUUGGAGCUAACAUAACAUUCCCAUUAUAGAAUUUAUCUUCUUCUUAAUUCCCUUAAAGUAUGAUAAAUGUAGAAAAUAUGAGAUAAAAUAUUGAAAAUGAAAAAUUUUAUGUUUAAUAGAAAUUUUAAGAUGAGCUAAAGUUGAGCCUAGAAAAAUUAAUUUAAUAAAAAGAACUUAAUCCAUAAAUUGAUACUCACUCCUUUUAAACAGUUUAAUCUCCUCAUUAACAAGAUUAUCUACCUUGUGAGAGUGAAUCUAUUUAAAUUUGUAAUGAUUAUGAAAACAAAUUUAAUUCAGAGAAAAAGAAAACUAAAGAAUCAAAUUAAAAGUCAGUUGAAAAAAAUACUUUUGAUAAAAUAGAGGAAUGCGAAUCUCCUAUACAACUUGCUACCUUAAAAGUUAAUUAAUCUAAAAGAAGUAUUUAAAGUCCCACACAACCUCAAGUUUCAGAUUUUUCUGCUUAGAAAUCUCCUACAAACUCCAUUGGACUUUCUGAAGAAGAGAAAUUAUGGAACAAAAUGUCGCCAGAAGCUAGAAAAGCUUUAAUUAAAAUAAAUAUAGAUAAAUAAUGUGAUAAAAUGAUUUUAGAAAUUUAGAAAGAAAAAGAACAUAGAAUAGAAAAAUAAUGUGACAAGAUGAUAAAACAAAUUUAGAAAGAAAAAGAAAUCAGAAUAAGCUAAUAAAAUUAAUGUAGUGAUGGAAUUCCAUUUAAAUAAAACCUUGAAGAAAACAUAAAAAUCGAAAAUCAACUUGAUUUGCAAGACUCUGAAGAUAAAAUUAAGAGAGCUGGUCAUAGAAGCUAAUUGUCUGUUGAGAAAUAAUAGCCCACUUACUCUAAUGAAAAAUAAUAACCCUCUCCUGUAAAUUAAUAGUGCAUCUUAGUUGAUAAUACUCCUUAAAGCUGUUUGCCAAUAGUGAGUAAUUUUACAUUACAAUGCUAAAACUAAAUUUUAAAAGUAGAAAACCUUCUAAAGGACCAAACCAUAAAAGAAAAUUCCAUAUUGUUACAUAAAAGCCAAAUGGAAAAAGAUAUUUUAAUUGAAAGAAAAUCUUUGAAACUGUAGGAUAUAGAAAAUAAAGAUGAAUAAAAUAUUACUGAUCCUCAAUUUACUUUUUCCAACACAAAAGAGAAUGAUUGGUCAUAUUCAGGCAACAAAAUUAAAAGAGAAUUUGAUUUUUCUCCAGAAAAAUAAAACUAGUUAAAUAACAACAAUCCAGAAUUUAAUAAUAAUGAAUUUAAAAUUGAUGAUAAACUUUAAACUGAAGAUAACCACAAAUAAGAUUCAAAUGUUUAUAACUUUGAAAAUUAAUCUUAAGAAAAUAAUUAAAUUUAAUAAACUUAUAAUAAUUAUCAAGACAUUUAUUCACAUCAAAAAUAGAAUAAAAUUAUAAACAUUUAGCAAGUUAAGCUUGAACAAAAAAUUGAAAAUUAAAAUGAUGAGAAUGAUAAUAAUUAAAAGCAAAAUAACAGGUCCUCAGAAAAAGAAUAGAAAUUAAUUAAAUCAGAUAAAAAACUUAAUGAUUCUUAAAAUAAAAAAAUAAACUAAGUAGAUAAAGCAAAAAAAGAAAGCAAUAAAAAAAGAUCAAUUUCUCCUAGUAGCAGCAAUAACAGUGUUUAAGGCUUUAAUCAAAGUUUUAAUACCAAAUAAACUGUUGACAAAUCUUCACCUAAUUAAUAAUAAUUAGAUAAAAAAACUAAUACUGGAUAAAGUGAAACAUAAUAAACCAAAGCGAAGGUUUCAUUAAAAACGUUAAACAUUGAAUAAUUAGAAAAAGAGGCUGAAAUAAUUCAAAAAUAAAUUAGUUCAGAGCUAUUUUUUACCCCAAAAAAUAAUUUAGAAGGUUAGCAUUUUGGUUUGUUCUAUGAAACAAGAAAGGAAAAGAAGUUAAGAACUUUACAAGAAAACAUAUAAAAAAAUGUUGAAAAGAUUCUACCUAACGCUAGAGACUCCGAGCUGAAAAAGAUAUGCUAAUCAAUUUAUGAAAGUGUCUUUAGCUUGCUAAGAGAGAAGUAUAAUAUCGAAGUGAGUUCCUCUUCUAAAUCUAACGAUAACUCUCUGUCUUAAAAUUUGGUUUCAUGCAAUAAUAUAGCAUCUCAAAGGGGUACUUCAAAUCUUAAUACAAAUGUAGCAGGUGUAAAGUAAAUAGAAAAAAGCUCAGAAAAAAUAAAUUAAAAUAAAUAAGAUUUAGAUUUCAAAGAUAUUUGCAUUUCACCGAUCAAUAAGUUAUCUAAUAAAAUAACACAGUCUAAUGAAAAAAGAGAAAAGUGCUUGAGCUAUUAUACCAGUUAUUCUCAAAAAGAUGAAGAAAUCAUUUCAAAAUCCUAAAAAAUGUUGGAUUCGAAAUAUAGCUCACAUGAAAAGAAAGAAAUAAAUAAUUACGGCAGCAAUUUAAUAAUUCCUUCUGUCUUUGAUGAAUAGAUAAUAUUCAGAAAAAGUUAGCAGCUAGAAGAAUUUAAAUAGCUACUUUUAUCUUAAGAUUUUGAAGAAUUGAGUGGUAAUUUAUUUAAUGUCUAAAAAUAGGCAGAUGGUGAUCAAUAGUUUUUGGAGAAUCUUGAUGGGGGUUUUAUUGUAUAAAAUUCUUUUGAUUCUUAAAAGAAUGAUACUUUUAUUUAAUACGAAACUGAGCUUAACAACUAAAAUUCUAGUUAAUAAUAGACUGCAUAAAUUGCAUCACCUCGUAAUAACUAAAAAAUAUAGCCUUGUUUAUCUCCUAUUAGAGAAAUAGAAAGCACAAAUGAUCAAAUUCAUCAAUCAAACUUUGGUAAGUAUACAAAUAAUGACUAUGCAAACACUUCUGGAGAUGAAAGAUUUGUAAGCAAUUAAAAUAAUUUUGACAGCUAAAAGAGUAGAUCUAUAUUUAAGACUUAAAAAGGAAUAGAAGAAUAAACUGAAGAGGAAGAGGAGUAUACCUAAUAAAAAGAAAAGAAUAACUAAUAGACUUUCAAUCGUAUUGAUGAAGCUAAUCAAGUUAACAAGUGCAAAAAUGAACAUUUAGGUUAUUUAUAAAACAAGGUACAUUCCUGUGAAAAUUAGAAUGUAGCCUAUGAAAAAUUGUGCGAAGAAGACUAAAAUAUAGAAUAAUUAAUCAAAAGAGAGGAUUAGGAAAAAAACAGAUAAGCUUAUUAUGAAAAUAAUAAACAAAAAAAUUAUAUAUUCGUUCCACUUUGUUAGCAAUAAGAUAGCUAAAUACUUAGUUCUAUCUCUCCUACACAUUAGCAUAGCUCAUAGUAAAACAGUUUGAAUAACUCAAGAAAAGUAAGUACUCACCAAUUUGGCAAAGUUUUAAAUACUAAUGAGGAUUGGGAAUAACUUUUAAAUAUUUCAAAAGCUUUAAAUAAAUCUAACUUGACAAGCAAAAUUCAUCUAAGAAAAAGCAGUUUACAAAAUUUGGCAGCAUAUACACCUUUAACUUCUGCUUAAAAUACUCAAAGGAUAGUAGGAUCAUCAUAAAAGCCUAUUCAGAAAAAAUAAGAAAAUUAGAUAAAAAAAUAAGAAAAACCAUAAUAGUAAUAAAAUAAAAGCUAAAAUUUUGCAUAAGAAUACUUAAAAAAGUGCUAAAGCACAAAAAGAUAGCAAGAAGAAUAACAACUAAAAAGAAUAAAAAAGACGCUGAUAGCAAACUUUAAGUAUGGUAAAACUUUUAAUAUUAACAAUUAAGAAUAAAAAGAAAAUAAACUAUUAAAAUAAUCAUCUGCAAUAAAUUAAUUCUCUUAAAUUUGA